AGUUCUGGAUCGAGGUGUGAGACUGACGUUGAACCGAGUCGAAUUAGACCCACUCUAUCGACGGGACUCUUCCUCAGCACCGAUGAAGCCACGUCGAAACCUAUGCGGUUGAUUUUUUUAAACCACUUUAGACGUGUAAUCAGACGAAAAAGUAGAUCACUAUAAUAAAAACAUUGGUACCGGGCCGGGGUCUGGGCCAGUGGCUGCUGUUGUUCUGUGUCCAGAAUCUGACCACACCGGUACCGAUUUUGCCAGGGAAGCACAACGGAUAUUUCAGAACAGUCGAACCGAACCUUGAAGCGUGGAUGGUGGAGACAACAGCUGGGUGACUGGACCUCGGAAUCCUGCGUUGAAAUAUUGUCUAGCUAACUUAUCUAGCUAAUUAGUUGGCUCUCCCGGUCCCAUUUCAUCCAUCCCCUGCAUCCCUCUUGGUCUGUCACCAUGGGUAACCGGGGGAUGGAGGACUUGAUCCCGCUGGUGAAUAGACUUCAAGAUGCUUUCAGCACCAUCGGGCAGAGCUGCAACCUUGACCUGCCACAAAUCGCCGUUGUUGGUGGACAAAGCGCAGGAAAGAGUUCGGUUUUGGAGAACUUCGUGGGCAGGGACUUCCUGCCCAGGGGAUCAGGGAUUGUCACCCGAAGACCUCUUGUGCUGCAGCUCAUCAGUGCUAACACAGAGUAUGCCGAGUUUCUGCACUGUAAGUCGAAAAAGUUCACCGACUUCGAGGAGGUGCGCUUGGAGAUCGAGGCGGAGACGGACCGCGUCACUGGGGCCAACAAAGGCAUCUCGCCCGUACCCAUCAACCUGCGCGUCUACUCUCCUCACGUGCUCAACCUGACCCUCAUCGACCUCCCGGGCAUCACAAAGGUGCCGGUGGGAGACCAGCCGGCGGACAUCGAGUACCAGAUCAGAGACAUGAUCAUGCAGUUCGUCUGCAGGGAAAACUGCCUCAUCCUGGCCGUCACGCCCGCCAACACCGAUCUGGCCAACUCCGAUGCCCUCAAACUGGCCAAAGAUGUGGACCCUCAGGGCCAGCGCACCAUUGGGGUGAUCACCAAGCUGGACCUGAUGGAUGAGGGGACAGACGCCCGCGAUGUGCUGGAAAACAAGCUGCUGCCCUUGCGUAGAGGGUACAUCGGUGUGGUGAACCGCAGUCAGAAGGACAUAGAGGGGAAGAAAGAUAUCAAAGCUGCUCUGGCAGCCGAGAGGAAGUUCUUCUUGUCUCACCCCUCCUACAGACACAUGGCGGACAGCAUGGGCACGCCACACCUGCAGAAAAUGCUGAAUCAGCAACUUACAAACCACAUCCGGGACACCCUUCCUGCAUUCCGCAGCAAGCUGCAGACGCAGCUGCUGUCCCUGGAAAAGGAGGCCGAGGAGUACCGCCACUUCCGCCCGGAUGACCCCUCCCGCAAGACCAAGGCCCUGCUGCAGAUGGUGCAGCAGUUCUCAGUGGACUUUGAGAAAAGAAUUGAGGGCUCUGGUGACCAGGUGGACACGGUGGAGCUCUCAGGUGGAGCCAAGAUCAAUCGCAUCUUUCACGAGCGUUUCCCCUUCGAGCUGGUCAAGAUGGAGUUUGACGAGAAGGAGCUGCGUCGGGAGAUUAGCUACGCCAUCAAGAACAUCCACGGCAUCAGGACAGGACUGUUCACACCUGAUAUGGCAUUUGAGGCCAUUGUGAAGAAGCAGAUAGUGAAGCUGAAGGAGCCGUGUAUCAAGUGUGUGGACAUGGUCAUCCAGGAGCUCAUCAACACAGUACGCCAGUGCACCACCAAGUUGGGGACUUUUCCGAGACUACGGGAGGAGACGGAGAGAAUUGUGACCACACACAUCCGGGACCGAGAGAGCCGGGCCAAAGACCAGGUUUUGUUGGUAAUUGAUGUCCAGCUCUCCUACAUCAAUACAAACCAUGAAGACUUUAUUGGUUUCGCAAAUGCUCAACAGAGAAGCAGUCAGAUGACGAAGAAGAGCUCUGCAGGAAACCAGGGCGCAGCACCUCCACCCUCCAGCCAAAUUGUUAUACGCAAGGGCUGGUUGACCAUCAACAACAUUGGCAUCAUGAAGGGAGGGGCCAAGGACUAUUGGUUUGUGCUGACUGCGGAGAGUCUGUCCUGGUUCAGAGAUGAUGAGGAGAAGGAGAAGAAGUACAUGCUGCCGCUGGACAACCUGAAAGUUCGAGAUGUGGAGAAGAGUUUUAUGUCCAGCAAGCACAUAUUUGCUAUCUUCAACACUGAGCAGAGGAACGUGUACAAGGACUACCGGUUCCUGGAGCUGGCCUGCGACACCCAGGAGGAGGUGGACAGCUGGAAGGCCUCUCUCCUGCGUGCCGGAGUGUACCCCGAAAAAGCCCCGGUGGAUGGCGAUAACUCCGGCCCCACGGAUAACUUCUCCAUGGACCCUCAGCUGGAGCGGCAGGUGGAGACCAUCCGCAACCUGGUGGACUCCUACAUGGCCAUUGUCAACAAGUGCAUCCGGGACCUGAUGCCAAAGACCAUCAUGCACCUCAUGAUCAUCAAUGUGAAGGAGUUCAUAAACGCAGAGCUGCUGGCCCAGCUCUACUCCACGGGGGAUCAGAGCUCGCUGAUGGACGAGUCUCAGGAGCAGGCGCAGAGGAGGGAUGAGGUCCUGCGCACGCACCACGCCCUGAAGGAGGCGCUGGCCAUCAUCGGAGACAUCUCAACCUCCACCAUCUCCACCCCCCUGCCCCCCCCCGUCGACAGCUCCUGGCUGCAGGCCGGCUCAGGCGGCUCCCGCAGGUCCCCUCCCUCAAGCCCCACGGCCCCUCGGAGGAUGUCCACAGGCCCGCGGGCCCCUGUGCGUGGCCCCGCCCCUGGGGCCCCCCCCGUGCCCUCCCGUCCCGGCCCACUCGGGCCCUUCAACAACAAUGCUGAGGCCUUCCCGCCCCCACAGGUGCCCAAUCGGCCCAACCGCGCCCCUCCCAGCAUUCCCAGCCGAAGGCCUCCUCCUUCUCCCACCAGACCCACCAUGAUCCGCCCGGGGGACCCCUCCCUGCUGGACUGAGAGCUGCCGCCGGGCACCCCACGGCCUAACCCGCAUGCUCACCCCCCUCUCCCGGCACAGCCAGCGCCCCUCCACUCAGUUAGCCCCUCUGAGGCCCAGCGUAGCGCCCCCCUGUGCAGUGCCUGUGCUGUAUCUCUGUGUCUCUGUGCUGUGCUUGUCUCCUGUGCUGCAGGGUAGAUCCGUCUGUCUCUCCCACUGCAAACAACAAGUAUUUUAGUCUUACAUUUAGAUAUGAAAGCUUAUUUCUAUUACUUUCUUGCUAAAUGAGACAAAAAAGAUUGGCAAUGAGCUGAGACAGUUUCAAGAUUUGCCAAUGGGCUAAGACAAUUUCACUUCACAAGCAAAAAGUAACUUAAAAUAAGCCAAUGCUUUGAGAGGAAAAUUGGAUUUUAAGUCUCAUUACAGGACUAAAACACUUGUUACGACAGCCUUUGUUGCAGUGCCUGUCGUCCCAAACACCGGCAGUCCUCAGUAUUACACGUAUAAAUAGUGAUCUGCCCCUGCACCCCUACCCUGGACCCAGGCAUCAGCCCACCAUCCCAAACCACAGCAAGACACAGAUGCACCCAGUAUUGCAUGCCUGGGAUACUUCCACCAUCUUUGUACAGUAAAUGAGUUCCAGUAUAUUCACAAUGUUAACAUACUGUACGCUCCAGGGCUGAGGGUUUUGUGCUCGUUUCUAUUAGAGGUAAUCGGGUGAGUGUGUGAGGGUGCUGGAGUGAGUGUUAGUACGUGUCUUGAGCCUUGUUUCUUCCCGUCCUUGUCUUUUCUGUUUAUGAGUUAUUAUUGCCCAGACUGUUCCCAUCUGUGUGUGUGGGGGUGUGUGUGUGUGUGUGUGCGCGUGCCUGUAUGAUGAAAACAGAAGUGUUCGUGCAGGAUCCGGGGGUACUCACAGAGGGAGUUGUGUGUUUGUGCUGUCCUUUAUUAUAAAGCAUUUGAAAGGAAGAGAGGCAGAAGGUUCCGGUAGGGAGUAUCACUGACCCCAGCUGUACCUGUGACCCCAGCCACUCGUUCUCAUCCCUGAGCAGAGACCUCGUCUCUCCUCGAACACAAACAGUACAGAAGCGUGCUGUGGGACUAUGGGAAUGCGCUGAGCUUGCUUUAACCCGCAAGAGCUCAGACACGGCUUUGGAAGAUCCCCGUUGUAUCUGUCCGUGUGAUGUUUUAAUGGCCUGGCCAAGGUUUCCCCUCAGUGUCCCCCUCCCCCCAGAGUGCUCCCGUCUCUGAGCUCCAGGUCACUCCACUGUCCGCAGGUUACGGGACCCUGUCUGCGGACGCGCUGACCACCCGUCCUCUCCCAGUCAGUCUUUCUGUCGUUCCUCUGAGUCAGUCGUGUUUGGCUGUUACCCUCGUGACUGUAGCGUCUCACAUGUAAUCCUAAACUUCACUCUUCUCUAUCAGAGUCACUUUCUUGCUCUCAAAUAAAGCUCUGGUAUUUUCAGUCUCCAAAA